CGGAGCAGCACGCUGCACAGAUCACCACACACAAACACACAUCUGCCGAAGAAAAACAACUGUUUAAGCACCACAAACUUCUUCUUUUCUCUCGUUUAGAAAGAAAUCUUUAAAAAACGGGAUCUCUCUGCAGCCCGGGGGCUUUAGGAGUCUGCAAGGAAGUCAUCAUGUGAAAAAUUUGGUAAACGGACAAAAGGGCUGGAUUACAAGGAAAACUCAAGUCUGAAGGGUGUGAGCGGUAUGUCCGUGGAUGAGAAGACUGAAGCUCCCAUGUACGUGUAUGAGUCGACGGUGCACUGUACCAACAUCCUGCUGGGUCUGAAUGAGCAGCGGAAGCAGGGCCUGCUCUGUGAUGUCACCGUGCUGGUGGAGGGGAAGGAGUUCCGCGCGCACAGGGCUGUUUUAGCCGCCUGCAGCGAGUACUUCCUACAGGGGUUCGCCACCCAAAAUGAGAUGGUUCUCAGCAUGCCAGAGGAGGUCAGUGCCCGGGGAUUCGCUCCAUUGUUGCAGUUUGCCUAUACGGCUAAGCUUCUGCUCAGCAGAGAAAACAUCCAGGAGGUCAUCCGCUGUGCCGAAUUCCUGCGCAUGCACAACCUGGAGGACUCCUGCUUUCGAUUCCUGGAGGCUCAGCUGCGCAGCGAGGAGGACGGCCUGGUGGCUUGUCACAAGGAGGGGCCCGCGAGCAAUCACCUGGAGGAUGAGAGCAUGCAACCCGAGGCGCUGACGACAGCAACCACAGCAACGACUGCGGUGACGCUGCCGGGUUCUCCACCCUCUCGCCGUUGCACUGAGACCUUAAACUCCUUGCGGCGACCAGACAACGAUCGGCUUGCAGCGGCGGAGGACUUCACUGAUGGGCAUAUGGACUUUGAGCGACAUGGCAACUCAGACCUGCCACGAUGCCCUAAGUACAGGAAAUACCAGUGGGCAUGCAACAAGCACAACAACGACGCCUCCUCACACACCAGUACCUCAGGUUACCCAAGCACAUUCAAAGACAAGAGCAUGCCGGCCGUAGUGCAAAUCAAGCAAGAGCCACGCAGUGAGGAAGAGUCUAUCUCGCUUUGCCUUUCAGAGGAGGAGCACGACGGAAGGGAAAGGGACAGCGUGUCUGAGAUGGAGCUGGAUGGUUCCGGCACAAUGGACCAACUGAAAGGCAGCAGCAAGUCACCCACUUGCCUUCAAACUCACUAUAAGACGGACCUGACUGGCACACCUCAGCAGCUAUUUGCUAUCACACCCGUCAGUGCCCAGGAUAAGGGAACCACUCAGGGAGACCACAAAAAAGACUACAGGCCUUCGCUUAGUAGUGAGCUUGGCAUGCCUGUGGCAUUCCCCAAAGACGCCGAUGGUUUCUCGCCAGGGCUCUCGCUGAAGUCAGCGUCCUUUGAUGGCAUGUGCAAGCAAGAGGCAGAGCUGGAUCGCCGCAGUGUCAUCUUUUCCUCAGGGGCCUGUGACCGACUGGGCACACCCACCCACUCUCAACCCAGCGGGAACUCAUUGGAGAAGGAGCUUGCAGAACACAUGCCAAAGGGAUUGUGGGCUGGUGCCAGCCAGUCCCUCCCCAGCUCCCAGACGUACCCCUCCAGCACCACAGCCAGCGAACCGCCCCUGCUCGGCCACCAAAGGCCCAAUACCAGCUGUCCAGUGCCAAUAAAGGUAUGCCCGCGAUCACCCCCCUCAGAAACCCGCACCCGAACCUCAAGUUCCUGUUCGUCAUACUCCUAUGCUGAGGAUGGCAGCGGCGGAUCCCCCUGCAGCCUGCCACAGUUUGAAUUCUCAUCCUCGCCGUGCCCCAAUGUGACACGGUGUCUACCCGGCGAACCACAGGACACAGGCGGCGGAACGGAGACGAUAUUCGCACGGGUCCGGCCCAAGAUAAAGUGUGAGCAGUCGUACGGAACCAAUUCCAGUGAUGAAUCGGGGUCCUUUUCUGAGGGAGACAGCGAAUCCUGUCAUGCUCGGGAGCAAGCCCCUGAGGUCAAGCUUCCUUUCCCCGUCGAUCAAAUAACGAAUCUUCCACGCAACGAUUUCCAAAUGAUGGUGAAAAUGCACAAGCUGUCCUCCGAGCAGCUGGAGUUCAUCCACGAUGUGCGCAGGCGCAGCAAGAACCGCAUCGCGGCACAGCGCUGUCGCAAGAGAAAGCUUGAUUGUAUCCUCAACCUAGAGUGUGAAAUUCGCAAACUGGUGUGCGAGAAGGAUAAGCUCUUGACGGAGCGUAACCAGCUAAAGGCGUGUAUGGGAGAGUUAUGGGAGAAUUUCUCGUGUCUGUCAGAGGAGGUGUGUCGAGACGUGCAGCUGAGCCCAGAACAGGUCCAUCACUACUGCCCCAUUCUGCGUCCAGGCAACCCCGCCUCGGUCAACCCCGGCAGCCAGGCCCCGCCCACCAGCAGCAUCGACCUCACCGUUUGCUCCACUCCUGAACCGAGCUUCCUCAAAUCAGCACGCGUGAAAGACGGACAACCGAGAUCGGCCAAGUGGAAGACCGGAAACAGGCCGAAAAACGUAGUCAACGAUAGGGAGAAGCAAGAGGCGGGGCUCUCCCUGGAACAAUCCAAUCAGACGGUGACAGUAGACUUCUGUCAGGAAAUGACAGAAAAGUGUACAACCGACGAACAGCCCAGAAUGGACUGUUAAUGACGGUGGUUUAUGUGUUUAUUUGUUCGUUUAGUUAUGUUUUUUUUAUUAUUUAAUUUAGAUGUCUUCUGACAAACCCUCGAAACUCGAGGGCUGUGGAGUUGGCCAGCCUCUGCCAGUGUUUUUUUUAUUUUUAUUUUUUAUAUUUAUGUCUUUUUAUUGUCUUUUUUUUUAAACGAAGGUUGACACUACAGUUGUCUUAACAGCAGCAAUACUGUUCUCCAGGUUCUCCCUCAUUCAGCCAUGGCAGAGUGUCUGAGACCUUCUCACAGAACUUCAAGAUGGUGCUACACCUUUCCAUGACAGUGGAACACUGUCUGUUUCCUAUAACUGUCCAUUCGAAUGGGAUGGGCCCUGACCACAUCUCAAAUUCAGACCUCUAUGGACCUAGCAGCAGCAUUUUGCUUGCUCUAUCUCUCUCUCUCUCUCUCUCUCUGUUACUCUCUCUGUGUCUCUCUCUGUGUCUCUCUCUGUGUCUUUCUCUUUGCUCUCUCUCGAUGUCUCUCUCUCUUUCUCUUUUCUGCCCCACCUCACCUUUCCCUCCACUGUUCCUCUACCUCUCAACCCUUCUCUCUUUCUCUCUAUUUGUGGCCCUCGCCACAGUCAACUCAAACUCAGGAAAUAUUCUGAAUGUUCAGUAUAACUCAUGAAAAAAUAAUACAGAUUCUUUUUUCUACCGCAGCUAGACUGUAUGUCCAUAUGCAAAAAUGUCUUCUGCAUCAUACAUUUGUAGUGUCCGUAUACCGCACACUUAACUUGUACACAUGGUGGUAUCUCGAAACAUUCCUACUUUGCCUUCCACAGCACUGAAAGAAAGUACGCCGGACUGAGGGACGAGUAAAGAAUGAUUCAAAGCGUUGCGUCGGCCACCUUUUGCAUCAGCAAUACUGUACUAUUUGGAUGUUUUUGAGGAUGAUGUACUAAAGUGCUUGUUUGGCAGAAAGCAUAUUGUAAAUACUAUGGAGCAUGGAGAUGGUCUCGGUAAUAUUGUACAGGUAGAAAUUUAGAUGUUUUUUGUUUGUUUGUUCUCUGGGGUUUGAUCAAGCACCUUUUGUCACGAAGGGGAAAUCUUUGCUGUUUCCUGUCUGAAACGAAUUCCCCAUGACAAUGGGUGCGCUUAAACUCAGGAAACUAGCAUCCCAUGCAUCCACACGCAUGCACGCACACACAUGCCAACACAUAGAAGCGUUCUCGUACAACCCCCCGCCCCACCAAGUGUGGCGCAGAGCCCCUUGCAUGUCAUAUGGAUGCAAAUGGCGUGGAUUGUUUCGUGUGCGUAGUUACCUCACUUCCCCCGGUGAGCUAUUCUCAUAUAAAUGUGAAAGAGUCCCGGCUUGUUGCGCUUUCUGAGGAAACAAUUUCUUAGCAGUAUUUACAAAUGCAGUUUACGGGCUGGUGCGCUCACAGACGCCUCUCUGAACAGUUUCAGUGUUAUUUAAAAACCAAACAUCAUCACAAACCGACACCCUUUCAGUUUUGGGCCACGUACCGUGAUUUUCUGAGGUAAACCACUCUGACAGGAAGAGGAAGUGAUGAUGUGUUCAGUGAAAGGAAGUCACUUUGGCUCCCUUUGCUCUUUUUCUCAGCACUCUUUGACCGUUUAGCACUUCCAAAAGGGUCAGUUUGUGUUUCAGUACCCCUAAAAGUCUGAAAUCGGAGCACUUAACUCAGACACUUAAAAGUGUCCCUCCAGACAGAAUAUUUAAUACAUUUUUGUGGUAUUAACAGCAUCUUAUAAAGAUUUUUUUCUGAAAUUUCACAGGUUAAUUGAAAACCAUUCAAUAUUGAAGUAGGAGAGAGUCUUUAAAGUCACCAUGAAAUCAAACCGUGUGUUUUACACAGCUUUGCAGUGAUUUUUCUAAAUGAUUUAUCUGUGCACCAUAAUUUUUUUAUUCAUUUGCACUUGUAUGCUUUGAUCAAAAACAUUAAGCUCUUCUCCCCCUCUGAACAACAACUCUUCCCAAAACAUGUUAGCAACAAAAAAAGAGUAAGGACUAUACUGACUGUCCAAUGGCCAGGCAUUUUAAGCCCUCCCCUCCAGGCCCAACUUACAAAAUACCAGUCAAAAAGGAAAGGCCAAAAUAAAGCCCCACCCUAAGGUUUUUCUAAUUUCAGAAGCCGUCUCACUCGGAUAUACGUCACAAUACGCAAAAGAAGUCAAUCGCAACUUCUGUUUCAUGGUGACUUUAAAUCAUAUAUUUACGGAAGACACUAAAAUGCGAUCGGUGUAAAAAAAAUCUGAUCUGAAAAUUGGAUGGAAUGAACCCAUUCUUUAAAGUUGUCCUGUAUUUCCCCUUAUUGUACAUUUGUUAGAUGAGUAUACUAAUCGGAUUGCAUGCUGCCUGUAUAUUUUAUAUAGUUUGUUUAGAAAUGAUUUGUUUCGAAAUAUAGUCCUUGAGGAAAAAUGGUUUAAAUCCCACAAUAAAUGUUCACUGUGGUUUUAGUAAGCGAAAAUGGAAUUUCCACAAACUAACGCCACACAAGUUAGGAGCUGAAUUAUUUUUCAUUCGAACCAACUUUGACCCCUAAAGUUACAUGUGUGUGUGCUUGAGCCUGAUUUGAGAGAUGCGUUUAAAGUUCUCAGACAUACAUACAUUAUGCAAGGCACAAUACGCACACACACACACACACACACACACAAACAUAAACACACCAUACUCCUAGGGAUGUAGAAUCUAGAGAUGUUGUGAUGGAUAGUCGUGCUGUUGUUUUCAUUGUAGAUCUGUUCUUUCUCUCUCUUUCUCUCUCUUUUGUUGAAAUUUACACAGUAUUUGCCAUUUCUAAAUUGUAAUCAGGUACAAGACUAGAACUAAAGAUUUAUGGGUCCAAGUGGACAUUUGUGCAGACAUAUGCAAAUCAUCCCUAUAAUGUUUAUAUUAUUAUUAUUUCAUAUUGUAUACAUACAAAUAUUUGUGGAAACGUGGAAAGCAUGAACUUCCUCUUGAAAAGCACACUGUUGUUCACUUGAGAAUCUAUGUCCACCUUCUAAAAUGUAUUUCUGGAUAAAAGGUCCCACCUUCAUCAAAGCUACAACAACAAGCAUCCAGUAUCUUCCUGAGAUUCUCCAAAAAAAUCUGAGUUUGGUGUUUAAAGCUACUUGCGUUCCUCAGAUAACAAUGGAUUUGUGGCGUUGUAUGUGAUAAGGCUGAUUCCUCAUGCUUGCACACUUGGCCUUAAGAGCUUGGCGUUCAGGCUGACAUUUGGAUGCAGAUGUGGACGGUGGAUUUGUUGGUAUUCUGACCUCUGUUAGCCUCUGCCUCUAAAAGCUGCAUGAUGUUUGCCUCCACAGUGGCUUCAAGGGUUCAACCCGGUCACCCGGAAAGCCUCACAGGUUAAAUAAGCUUAUUAGCUCUCCUCUCGACAACACUCCUGCUAGUUUUGGUUGUUUUACAGAGGUUUUAUUUUAGUAUCAGACUCGCGGUUGCUCUUGUAUCUUGUCUCAGGGUGCGUGCCAACAUUUUUUGUAAUAACUUGCUUUUCAGAUCUGUUGAAUCAUUUCAUUUUUUUUGUGUCUUGCAUUUUUGUGUCAUUCUGUACUUUAAGCUUGUUGUUGAGCAUAUUCAUUUUUAUAGUUUCUAAGCUAAUAAUAAUUGAUGAGGACGAAUAAGUAGAUUUGCACAAUUGUUUUGGAUAAAAACCCAACAAGGGCUAUCGAAUAUCUCCAAAAAUAUCCAGCAGUUGAUUUUUGGUUGUGAUUUGGCUGCUCUCUUAAGCUCUCAAUCUGCAGUUUGCAGUCAGCUAAAAGCAAACACAUAUUAGAAGUAUAUUUUAAGCUGCAGAAAUGUUGUUUAGUAUUGAGUGUCGAUACUGUAACAGUAAACACCCUAAAAAUGUAACAUUGUUUUGUUUGUUUUCGUUCGUUUGUGCUGCUUUUCUGAAACAUUAACACUGGCGUUCCAAAGGUUGCUCUUUUGACAAGGACAAAAAAACUUGCCUUUCUCACAAUUUGCUUAACUUUAUAAAACAUUUGGUAUUCCGAUUACACAGGCUCAUCAAAACAGAGAAUCGAAAAGGCAAAAUGUUUACAAAAAUAGUGUCGAGUUUUUAUAAGAAUUUUGCCAUGUACAUAGAAAUUGUGAGGAUAAUAUGAAUGGCUAGGUUUAGUAUUGUCCGUUUGUUUUGUACGUUUUUAAAAGACAAAAACGUCAGUUUGAUAACUAUGCUCCUUUCCUCGAGUUGUCUUUUCACCUGACGGCGAUGUUCCAGUGUACCACAAAUACAAAGUGCACCUCCGACUUUGCCUUAGAACUGACAGAGGCCAUAAUUCACAUUCAAGUGAAGUGUGUAUGCAGGGGCAGUGAGCCCCCAUAUUUCGGCUAGCAGAGCUCUCUCUCUCUUUCUCUCUCACUUAUCUACCUGUGAAAUCCUUCAUACCUCUCAUAACUGGUCAAUGACUGUAUCAGCAAACUGCAUCAGGUGUUUUUUCUACAUGCUUUUUACACAGAUUAUAUGGAUUAUUGUAUUGGUAGAUUUUGGUGCAUCAUUUUUAAUGGAAUAGCUCUUUGGCUUGUAGUCACAGAAGUUGUUUUUCUCUAUCUUUCUCUUAUUCUGACUCUUUUCUCAGUUUUUUUUUCUAGAAGACUGUUUUGUGUUAAUAUUGUCGAUUUGAGGUAGCUGUUUCUUUGCUCAUUCUGUACUAAGAGUUUUUACAUUUUUUUCAUUUUGAAAUGCUACAUGACCCUAAUGAAUUUAAUGACUUAAAAACCAUUGUACAUACGGUAUUGUGCAGAACUCAUUUUCAUGCAUUUCAAUUGGCUAGUGUUAUAUAAAUGACAGAUUUUGUCUAGACACCAUUUCUGUUUAUGAAAUAAAGAAACAUAUCAUGUAC